AUCCAUGAUGAGUAACUCCUGAAGGGCUGACUCCAGUCUCCUUUCCUCCACCCCCGCUUCCCUGCUUUCUUGCCUCCUGGAUUCAUUUGAGACCAAAAUUGUGGAGCAGCCAGACAGUCUCACAGUGGAGGCUUCUCACCUGAACUCUUCUGAGAAAGCAACUCCUUGGUCUUGUGUUUUAAGCAGAAAACAGCAACUUCCAGGAGGAAAGCUGGGAGCUGCCAAAGGAGGGCACAGAGGAAGGAGGACAUGCCAAGUGCCUUCGGAGGGGACAAAGUAGAUUUGGAUGCUAGGACUAUCUCUGCCUCCGGAGCACUGAGAUUGGCUCCCCUUGGUUCAUCUGGAAGGAAGAGAGGACAAGCUCCCAGGCCAGCAGUCACCACUACUGAAACCAAAAGAGAGAGAAAGGAAUCAAAACUUGGGAAGAGACGAGAAAAGAAAUAGGGGGAAGGGGAGUUCCAGAGGCAGGAGAGAAGAGCUGAAAACCCUGGUCUCCUGCAAGGGGAGGCUGUGAAGGGGAGACACUGCACAGGAGACCCCCACCGAAACCCUUGGUGGUGCAAAGUGCUGCAUGGGAAGGGGCUGGCCAUGGAGAAGUUGUCCCUGGAAGGGACUGACCUUUGGACUAUCAACGGCUCACUCAUCAACUGCAGCCUGAGCCUUGAGAACCAAACUUAUGGGGUCAACAGCACCACUGAUCCCCUGAAGAGGAAUGAGGACAUGGCCAAGGUGGAGGUGACAGUGCUCUGCCUCAUCCUCUUCCUUGCUCUGACUGGCAAUCUGUGCGUGCUGCUGGCCAUCCACACCACCCAGCACAAGCACUCCCGUAUGUACUAUUUCAUGAAGCACCUGAGCAUUGCUGACCUGGUGGUGGCCAUUUUCCAGGUUCUGCCCCAACUCAUCUGGGACAUCACCUUCAGGUUCUAUGGGCCCGAUUUCCUCUGCCGGCUGGUCAAGUACUUGCAGGUGGUGGGGAUGUUUGCUUCCACCUACAUGCUCCUGCUGAUGUCCCUGGACCGGUGCCUGGCCAUCUGUCAGCCCCUGAGGUCAUUGCACAGGAGGUCUGACCGGGUGUCUGUCCUCCUCACCUGGCUGCUAUGCCUGCUGGUCAGCAUCCCCCAGAUCCACAUAUUUUCCCUGCGGGAUGUGGGCAAUGGGGUGUAUGAUUGCUGGGCAGAUUUCAUCCAGCCCUGGGGAGCCAAAGCAUAUAUCACCUGGAUAACACUGACGGUUUAUGUUAUCCCUGUGCUGAUGCUGAGCGUCUGCUAUGGCUUGAUCAGCUUCAAAAUCUGGCAGAAUGUGAAGCUAAAAACAGCCCACGAGACCAACACGAACCUGUCCUCCAGCGGGACAGCCCUCUCCAGGGUCAGCAGCAUCAAGCUAAUUUCUAAAGCCAAGAUCCGGACAGUCAAAAUGACCUUCAUCAUAGUCUUAGCUUUCAUAGUGUGCUGGACUCCUUUUUUCUUUGUGCAGAUGUGGUCUGUGUGGGACAAGAAUGCUCCCAAAGAAGCAUCCCCAUUUAUCAUCGCCAUGCUCCUAGCAAGUUUAAACAGCUGUUGCAACCCGUGGAUCUACAUGCUUUUCACGGGCCAUCUCUUCCAUGACCUUAUACACCGGUUCCUCUGCUGCUCCACACGUUAUUUAAUAUCCAGGCAAGGAUGUGACCUGAGCGUCAGCAAAAAAAGCAACUCCUCCACGUUUGUCCUGAGUCGCAAGAGCUCAAGUCAGAAGAGCUUCACUCAGCCUUCCACAGCCUGAGAACUGUCCCAGCACUCCAUGGACUACAUCACUACUUCACUCUGACCAUCUUCAAUAUGUAUAUGUAAAGAAGCUGUGAUUCAGAAUAUGGUGGGGAGGGGACCGGGGUUUAUGUGUGUGUGUUUGUGUGUUGAAUUCUUUAUUUAAUUGAGGCAGGAAUAAGAAAAGAACUGCUGUAGUCAAAAGCACAGUUCGGAAUGGAUAGCUUAAUGGAGUUCAAGUCAAUGGAGGUUUUGCAUAAUGACUAAAUAAUAACUGAGGGGCUUGUCCUGAAAGCUGAGUAGACUUACUGAAGCUGACAAGCCAAAUUCAACCCUGGUAUAAGUCUGUACAGCUCCAUUGACUUUAAGGAGUUUCACCAUUGGGAUGGCACAGAGUAAAAGCUACCUGGGCUGUCCUUACUCUAGUAAGAAAGUAUUACUCACGGAAGCAGUUCUAUUGAUUUCUGUUUGGCUCCAGGUUUGUUUAAGGCCUUCCAAUAUGUCCUUAUUUAGCAAUAAUGCCCCAUUGGCAUCAAGAGAGUUUUGACUGAGUAAGGAUUUUGGUCCUGAUCCUGAAACUAUGUAUGCACAUAGAAUCAUAGACUAUCAGGGUUGGAAGGGACCUCAGGAGGUCAUCUAGUCUAACCCCCUGCUCAAAGCAGGACCAAUCCCCAACCAAAUCAUCCCAGCCAGUCAAUCCUUGUCAAUCCUGACCUUAAAAACCUCUAAGAAAGGAGAUUCCACCAGCUCCCUACGUAACUCAUUCCAGUGCUUCACCACUCUCUUAGUGGAAGGGUUUUUCCUAAUAUCCAACCUAAACCUCCCCCAUUGCAACUUGAGACCAUUACUCCUUGUUCUGUCAUCUGUUACCACUGAAAACAGCCCCCUUUCAAGUAGUUGAAAAUAGCUGUCAAUUCCCCCCUCAUUCUUCUUUUCUACAGACUAAAUAAUCCCAGUUCCCUCAGCCUCUCCUCAUAAAUCAUGUGCUCCAGUCCCCUAAUCACUUUUGUUGCCCUCCGUUGGACUUUUUCCAAUUUUUCCACAUCCUUCUUGUAGUGUGGGGCCCAAAACUGGACACAGUACUCCGGAUGAUUAACUUGAAGCAUGUGAAUAAGUCCCAUUGGCUUCAGAGGGACCAUGCACAUAGUUCAGUUUAAGGAAGUGCAUAAAUGCUUACAAGAUCUGGGUGCUGAUACAAUAUCAUGUAUGCUGAUUGUGUUCAAAAGCUUUAGUUAAGGCAAACACUUGGGGUGAACUUCUGGCUCCAUUAAAGUCAAUGACAAAACUUCAGUGGGGCCAGCUUUUACUCUUUGGUUUACUGUAGGCAGUGAAGUAUUACACCAAUACAAUUUUCUUGCUAUGUAAUUCACGCGAUCUUGGUUAUGGCAUGGAGUAUUUGUUAAAAGAUUUUUUUUUUUGGUAAAUAAAAUUUGAUAAAUUCAACUUGAAGAAAAGAGGGGAACAGUGAAAAAAAAAGCAUACGAAGGAAACCUUGGAGGAAACAAUGCUUCAUGCACAAAAUACAAGUAUAUCUAGAUUGUAAGGAAUGCUUUUGUUUCUAGACUAAUGCAAAAAAAAUUUAUGAACUAUACAACAUUGUAUUACAUAAACAUAAAUCUAGGACAACUGUGGUACCACUUUGGAAAAGUGCAAAUAGUUAUGGCACGAUCCUAUUGCUGGUGAAGUCAGUGUGAAUUUCCCCACUGAAUUCAGUGGCGGCAAGAUGAGGUCAUGCAGGGCUGAGUGGCCAACGCUUUGCUCAUGUUCAUCAUCCUUUCUCACACAAGUAGUUCCAAAAGCGAUGGGACACCAUGCAUGAGAUAUGACUGCACACGAAGGAGAGGUUGAGGGAUUUGACUGAAUUUUUGCAAUGGUUAUAAAUACUGCAUAUUUAUCAAUUUUGCUGUUUCAUUAUCAACUGAUCCAUUUUCAGCUUUUAGGUCUAUAGAUUUUAUUUUGGUGUUCAGGCAGUUUUUUAAAAUAGUAGCUUGGGACUGACUUUUAAGCGUCGUGACACUCAUUGGUUCAACUUGGAGUUUAGAUCCCAGCUUGUUCUCAUGCACUAAAGCAGUGGAACAGUGAAGUUCUGCACUUUCUCCGUCCUCGUCUCAUUUUCCUAGAGUUUAAAUGGAUAAUGUGUAGAUUGCUCCCUUUCUGCACUCCCCAAAGGAAGGAAUGUACUUUUAUUUUAAUGGUUUUAUUG